GUGUGUUGUUGUUAACUCAAUCGGACGUGAUUCUGUAUCGCUCAUCGUUUACGUUAAUUUUCCGUUGAAACUGGCCUCGAAAAUCUCGAAUAACACUUGUGUAGUACGAUCGUCUAUAUUUUGUACGUUUCUGCGAUAUUAAUCUUUCAUUGCGUUUACCGUUGUGACGAAAAAUUGCAAUUAUAUUGAUCAUCAAAACUCGCCAUGGAGUGCAAAAAGUGCCUUCUUCCAGUGGUUACAAAAGAUCAACCGUAUGUAUACUGUAAUGCAUUGUGCGCCGCAGUUCACCAUGCCGCUUGUGUUGGAUUGAAUACUGCCGAGCUUGCUGCCGUAUCACCGCCGCACAAGAAUAGUUGUUGGAUGUGCGACGAAUGUUUAGUUGAAUUUGUACAAUGGAGGAAAGAACGAAAUGAGAAAAUGAAUGAGCCGAUCGCCGCAACUACUCCAGAGCACAAUGAGCCUAAAUGCGUACUACAACGUGACGUUGAUGAGCUGAAAGCUAAAGUAGAUUCAAUACUGUCGGUGAUUACGUCGCAGGAGAAUAAUCACACGGAUGCCUGGAUACGACACUCAACACCGAAAUCAUCGCGACCAAUGGAAUGUGGAUCGAGUGAAGUGACAAAUGCAUCCGAAACUGCAAGUCGGUUACCUGAUUCGAUAUGUGAGAACGAGAACUUCGACUUGUUGCUAACGAAUAUCGAUGGAAGCGUUUCGGAAGAAGAUGUUCAACUCAUGGUUUGUCGCUGCUUGGGCACACGUGAUAAUGAAUGCAUUAAUGUUAGGAAAUUAGUUCCGCGAUGGGUUGACUGCAGUACAUUCGACUAUAUCUCCUUCAAAAUAGUUUUAAACCGUAAAUGGAAGUCUGUUGCGAUGAUGCCAUCUACUUGGCCUAGAAACAUUAGAUUUCGAGAAUUCAAAAAAGUGAGAUUCCCGUGGAAACCCGAUAUUUUGUAAUUAGUUCCAGUAUUGUAAAUAAUGUGAUUUGAUGGAAAAUGUUUUUUUUUGUAUUGAUGUUUUUUAUUACUGUUUUAAGUCAUUUGUUGUAAAUAGGAAAAUGAUACUUGUUGUGUGAAUUUGUACGAUAUUUGUAGUUAACGGGUCGCAUCUUCUUUGAGUUUGUUCUGGAAAGUUGUCGAGAUUGUUAAAUGUUUUUGUACCUUAGAUUUAAGUCACAUCAUUGGGGCAUACACAAGCCUGUUGGUGUUAAUAAA